AGAGAGUAGAACACAACUACUACUGAACCCAAUAUUGUUCUCUCUCAUCUCACCUCUCUCACACCUGUACAUACAUAAACUAAGUUUUAGAGAAAAAGAAAGCAGAACUAGUGGUACAGUACAGAUAUAUAUAAAUAUAUAUAUCCAUAUUCAUUCAUUCAAAUGGGUAGACCCCUCGACUUUGAGUUUCCCCAAAACAACGCUCUUUCGAACAUGGCCGCCGGCGCAAGCAAUAACCCCUUGGACCCCGAGGAGUUCCGACGCCAAGGCCACAUGGUGAUCGAUUUCAUCGCCGAUUACUACAAAAACAUCGAGAAGUACCCAGUUCUUAGCCAAGUCGAACCGGGUUACCUCAAAAAACGUCUCCCGACAUCGGCACCUCUCUAUCCGGAAUCCAUCGAAACGAUUCUUGGUGACGUCCAGGACCACAUCGUUCCGGGCAUAACCCACUGGCAGAGCCCCAACUACUUCGCAUACUUCCCUUCCAGCGGCAGCAUUGCAGGCUUCCUCGGCGAAAUGCUUGCCACCGGGUUCAAUGUCGUUGGAUUCAACUGGAUGUCGUCUCCGGCCGCCACCGAGCUGGAGAGCAUAGUCAUGGACUGGCUGGGCCAGAUGCUCAGGCUGCCUAAGUCUUUUCUCUUCUCUGGUAACGGAGGUGGUGUCCUACAAGGAACCACCUGCGAGGCAAUCUUGUGUACACUCGUCGCUGCCAGAGACCGAACCCUCAAAGUCAUUGGAAACGACAAUAUCGGAAAGCUCGUCGUUUAUUGUUCGGACCAAACUCAUUGCGCGUUCAAGAAAGCCGCACAGAUUGCUGGGAUCCACCCCAACAACUUUCGAGUCAUCCCCACAACGCUGUCGUCCUCCUUUUCCAUGUGUCCCAAGGCUUUGCAAAACACCAUAACUGCCGAUGUUGAGGCUGGACUCGUCCCCACGUUUCUACUGGCAACCAUUGGGACAACGUCCACAACGGCCGUCGACCCCCUCGGGCCUCUAUGCGAUGUGGCAAAAGAUUACGGAAUGUGGGUCCAUGUCGACGCGGCCUACGCUGGGAGCAUCUGUAUUUGCCCAGAAUUCCGGCACUUCAUCGACGGAGUGGAAGGAGCCAACUCCUUCAGCUUCAACGCCCACAAAUGGUUCUUCACCACCUUGGAUUGCUGCUGCCUUUGGGUCAAAGACCCCGCAGCGUUGACACAAUCAUUGUCUACGGAUCCGGAGUAUCUGAAGAACAAGGCCACCGAAUCAAAGCAAGUGGUUGACUAUAAAGACUGGCAACUGGCUCUGAGCAGACGAUUCCGUUCUCUCAAACUCUGGCUCGUACUCCGAAGCUAUGGAGUGGAGAAACUACGUGGGUUUCUCCGAAGCCAUGUGAAGAUGGCCAAGCUGUUCCAGGGUUUUGUGGAAGCCGACGAGAGAUUUGAGGUUGUGGUUCCGAGGAAUUUCGCCACCGUGUGUUUCAGAAUAAGGCCAUCAGGAAUAAUAGCUAGUAGUAAAAGUAAUGUGGUAUUGUGUGAGAUAACCAAUAAUAAUAAUGGCAGCCUCAGGAAUACUAGUAGUGAUGUGAUCCAGAAGAGUAAGAUUGUAUCGGUGAAUGAGGUGAACAACAAGCUGAUGGACUCCAUUAACGGGUCAGGUGGGAUCUACAUGACCCAUUCGGUUGUUGGUGGUAUCUUUUUGCUGCGUUUUGCGGUCGGAGCCAGCCUCACGGAGGAGUCUCAUGUCAUUCAGGCUUGGAACGUAGUCAAACAACAUGCAGACGCCAUACUCAACACCCACUCCCACUCCCACUAGCAAUUUCAAUUUCUUUCUUUAUUUUGACCGGUCAACUAUGAUGGUUACCUUGUCCAUACAUGCAAUUUUUCACAUUCUUCCUAUAAAUAUGUUCUUUCACGUACACAAUUAAUGUACGAACAAUUCAUUAAAGGCCUUCCUAUAUACCUCUUGAUUAAUAAUAUAAACAUAUUAUUCUUUUUAUUUUAUUAUGAAUAAUUCAA